AUGUCUGCCACGGCUCAGGGCUUAAGCUCUGGGCCUCGGCAGGAGCACCGUGGCUCUCAAACUUCUGAAGCUUGUUGUAUGUGGCUCGGAGGAUCAAUUGAGAGCCACCCAUACCUUCCUCAGGAAGAGCUGGUUAAGUAUUGCCAGUCCCAAGGGAUGGCUGUCACUGCAUACUGUCCUCUUGGAGCUCCCAACUGGCCUUGGCCCAAGUCUGAGGACUUUUUCCUCUUGGAUGACCCCAAGAUUAAGGAAAUUGCAGCUAAGCACAGAAAAACCUCAGCUCAGGUUCUGAUCCGGUUCCACAUCCAAAGAAACGUGAGUGUAAUUCCCAAGUCUGUCACUCCACAUCGUAUUGAGGAGAAUUUUAAGGUGUUUGACUUUGAAUUAACUAAAGAGGAGAUGGAAACCAUCCUCAGCUUUAAGAGGAGAUGUAGGAUCUGUCCCAUAAACAUGUGCACAAACCAUAAGGACUAUCCUUUCAGAGAAGAUUAA